UGACGACACGUGUUUCAAGUAUUUGAAAUUGAACUUUACGAACCGUGCUGUGUUUCACGCUUUCACCACAAAGCCCAAAACCCAAACGUCUUCAUUCCACUCUCUCUUCUCUGUCUCUAAAACCCUAGUCACUGAAGACCACUGAGUUCGUCAAAGUAUCUGAAUUUUAGCCAAAUUUAGGAAUCUAUACUGUCGAAGCUAACCCCUGGAGAGCAGAACUGAGCAUAGCAUGAGCACACGAGAUAGAGGGUCACAGCCAGUUAGGCGUACGAAGUUCCGAUCUCGAAGGAGUACUGUUGUAGAUGUUGAUCUAAAUGUUGCACCCCCAUCUGAGAACAGAGAUCAGGAAGGAACGUCUGUGCCUGUUGUGUCUGGGGAUGCGACACACGGACAAAGAGGUGCCUUUUUGACACCUGCAGCAAUUGUUAUUGAGGCACUUGAUGAUGAUGUGAUUAUAUCAUCCCCUAGGGCGUUUGCAGAAGCUAAGAACAACUCCAGAAGGAAUCGAGGACGGGUUAUUGUAGUUGAUGUGGAUUCUGCUAUUGCAGAGGGCCUUUCAUCUAGGGCCUCAAGUAACAGUCGCAACAGGCGUAGAAGAGUCUCUACAGAUCAAGCAACAAACAAUGGUGGCAUUCACAUAGACCUAGAAGGACAUAGCUGUCAAAAGAAUGUCAAUGUAAAAAGUGCAAUACCACCACAACCAAAAGAGCCCGCAUUCAGCUGUCCAGUGUGCAUGGGUCCGUUAGUUGAGGAGAUGUCGACUAAAUGUGGUCACAUUUUCUGUAAGGCGUGCAUAAAAGCGUCCAUAGCUGCUCAGCAUAAAUGUCCUACAUGUAGGAGAAAAAUCACUAUGAGAGACACCAUAAGAGUGUAUCUUCCAACCACAAGUUAAGUCAAAGGAUUUGGCCAUCGUUUAUAUGACCUGUGGAGGAAGUGUAUUUGUAGGGGUAGUUUCUCUAUGAAGUAUCUGCUUUUGAGGCUGCAUUGGAGAGUGAAAGGGAAGUAUGAUUGAAGAUACUUUUAAUUCAGUUAAGUUUGAUUGUCACAAUCAACAACGUACUCUUUCCUGUGAGUGCCUUUAAAAGAUGGUGUAAUUAGUUAUUGAAUUUAAGUUGUAUGCACUGACAUUGUAAAAAUCUUUUUACACUAUUAGUGCUAUUUACCUCGAAAGAGUCUCUGAAUUAA